ACACUCUGACCUUGCAUUGGGAUACACCUGCCAAGCAGCCUGAUAGCUACAUCUUAACUUAUAUGCCUUUGGUUGCCACCCGGCCCUCCCCACCUCCCAAACGCCUGGAGCUACCAGCAGCACCUGAGAGCAUCACCUUGGAAGACCUGGAAAGCCGCACCCGAUAUCUCAUCACUCUGGUCGCCCGCCAAGGCAGUGAGAACAGCCGAUCCACCAGGGUCACGACCAGCACUACCGCUCCAGGUACAUCUGCAACCAAGGUCCAAACCACGCCGGGUUCCGUCACAGCUCCAGGGGUGCCAUUAAGCAACCUAAAUGUGACCGACGUCUCUCCGAACAGUCUCCGGGUGACUUGGUCUGCCCCGCCCAGUACCUUCCACACCUUUUCCCUUCAGUAUAGGGAUCCUAAAUCCAGUGCAACCCCGGGGGAGAUUAGAGUGCCCGGGACCGAGAGGAGUGUCAACGUGAUGGGUUUGAACCCCGGCACUGAAUAUGAUCUGAAGUUAAGUGGGGAGACACCCGAUGGGAUCCACAGUGCUCCAGUUGCAACAAAGGCAUCCACAGCACCCGCAGCAGCGCCACCAGAAAAGGAAAAGCCCACCCUGGGUUCGCUCUCUGUUUCAGAAGUUACAGAUAGCUCUGCGCGCCUAUUGUGGGACAUUCCCACUGGGAACUUCGACUCCUUUUUGAUCCAGUAUAAAGAUGCUGAGGGCAAACAGAGGGCACUUCCCAUGGAUGCGAGCUCUCGGGAGGCCACUAUCGCCGAUUUGGUACCUUCCCGAAAGUACAAGUUUAAUCUCUAUGGACUCAUAGGCCGCAAGCGACUUGGUCCUGUCUCCACAGAGAUAGUCACAGUGGCAUCGGAACAAGGGGAAAAGGUGGAAUUGGCGGCAUUACCGAGCCUGGGAGAACUUGUUGCCUCAGAAAUCACAACAGAUUCCGUCCGUUUGUCUUGGAGCGUCCCUUCCGGGAGCUUUGAUUCCUUUGUGGUCCAGUUCAAGGAUGCUGAAGGCCGGCCUCAUUCUUUGCCUGUGGAGGGGGUCUUCCGCGAAGUCAUUGUUCCCAACCUGUCUCCUUCCCAUAGAUACAGGUUCAAUCUCUAUGGCGUCGCCAACCGCAAACGUCUCGGCCCUGUCACUAAAGAUGUUGUCACAGCGUCAUCUCCAGAAAGGCCAGGUGAGGACAGAGCCGUCCAGCCCAGUCUGGGGGAGCUCUCUACCUCCGAUGCCUCCAGCAAUUCUGUCCGUCUCUCCUGGACUGUCCGCAGUGGGAGAUUCGACUCCUUUCAAGUCCAAUUCAAGGAUGCCGAGGGCAAGCCCCGGGCAUUGCCCGUGGAAGGAGACUCCCGUGAGGUCACCGUCCCCAACCUCUCGCCUUCCACGAGAUACAAGUUCAACCUCUAUGGGGUCUCCGGAAAGCAGCGCUAUGGCCCGAUUUCCGCCGAGGCUUUGACAGCUGCUUCUGUGGUUUCACCGGAGGGAAGGAUCCCUAUUCAGCCGAGCUUGGGAGAGCUCUCAGUCUCUGAUGUCACCAGUGACUCUGUCAUCCUCUCCUGGACAGUUCCUACUGGAAGCUUUGACUCCUUCCUGGUUCAUUUCAAGGACACAGAGGGCAAGGUUCAGAUGCUGCCCGUGGAGGGUGUCUUCCGCACGGUCACUGUCCCCAACCUGGCUCCCUCCCACAGAUACAAGUUCAACCUCUAUGGUGUCUCUGGCCGCAAGAGGUCAGGCCCAAUUUCCACAGAUGCCACCACAGCUGCAACAGUAACAUCACCAGAGGUGACUACAGAAAGGGUUCCAGUUCAGCCUAGUCUGGAGCAACUCGCAGUGUCUGACAUCACUAGUGACUCUCUCCGACUUUCCUGGAUUGUCCGCACUGGGAAUUUUGAUUCCUUCUUAGUCCAUUACAAAGAACCAGAAGGAAAAUCUCAGUCGUUGCCUGUGGAGGGGCCUUUCCGCACAGUGACCGUCCAAAACUUGGAACCCUCCCAGAAAUAUAAGUUCAACCUUUACGGCAUCUCUGGCAACAAGCGCCUCGGUCCUCUCUCCGUGGAUGCUGUCACAGCCCCCGUGCCGGCACCCCCAGAAGCAGCACUGACUCUGAAGCCUAGCCUGGGGGAACUCUCAGCCUUAGACGUUACUACCGAUUCACUCCGCCUCUCCUGGGGGGUCUCUACUGGGAGCUUUGAUUCCUUCCUGGUUCAGUACAAGGAUGCCGAAGGUAGACCUCAGUCUCUUCCCGUGGAUGGGGGCUCCCGCGAGGUCAUCCUUUCCAACCUUGCACCUUCCCACAGAUACAAAUUCAAUCUCUAUGGUGUCUCCGGCCGCAAGAAAAUGGGUCCGGUUUCCAUUGAUGUUUUCACAGCUUCACAGAUGGUAAAACCUACGUCGCCACUCAGACUCGGGGAGCUGUCAGCGGGCAAUAUCAUGCCCAGUUCCCUUGACCUGUCCUGGAAUAUUGAGGCAGGGAACUUUGAUUCUUUUAUCAUUGAGUACCGAGAUGCUGAGGACCAUCCCCAAGCCCUCCCCGUCGACGGGGUCCUACGCUCCUUCCACAUCCAUGACUUGGCUCCUUCUCACAGAUACAAAUUCAACCUCUAUGGCAUUUCAGGUCGGAAGCGUUUGGGCCCUGUCUCCACCGAAGCCGUCACAGCCCCCUCACCAACAGCACCCCCAGCCCAGCCCAGCCUCGGGGAGCUCUCUGUCUCUGAUGUCACCAGUGAUUCUGCCCGCCUCUUCUGGACUGUAUCCACAGGAACCUUCGACUCUUUCACAAUCCAGUACAAAGAUGCUGAUGGCAAACCCCAGGCCUUGCCCGUGGAGGGGGCCUUGCGCGAGGUCACCAUGUCCAACCUGGCUCCGUCCCGCAGAUACAAGUUCAACCUCUACGGUGUCUCUGGCCGCAAGCGUCUUGGCCCUGUUUCUGCUGAUGCUGUUACAGCCUCCUUAACAACAGAACCCCCAGCCCAGCCCAGCCUGGGGGAGCUCUCAGUCUCCGACGUCACCAGUGACUCGGCCCGCCUCUCGUGGACCGUCCCCACUGGCACCUUCGACUCCUUCACGAUCCAGUACAAAGAUGCUGAUGGCAAACCCCAGGCCUUGCCCGUGGAGGGGGUCUUCCGUGAGGUCACCGUGCCCAACCUGGCUCCAUCCCGCAGAUACAAAUUCAACCUCUAUGGAGUCUCCGGGCGUAAACGUCUAGGCCCCAUUUCCACUGACACAGUCACAGCCCCCUUACCAACAGCAACCCCAGCCCAACCCAGCCUAGGGGAGCUCUCGGUCUCUGACGUCACCAGUGAGUCUGCCCGCCUCUCAUGGACCGUUCCCAUGGGAACCUUCGACUCCUUCACGAUCCAGUACAAGGACUCCGAUGGCAAGCCCCAGACAUUGUCCGUAGAGGGGGUCUUGCGCGAAGCCAUUAUCACCAGCCUGGCUCCGUCCCGCAGAUACAAGUUCAACCUCUUCGGAGUAUCCGGGCGCAAGCGGAUUGGCCCCAUUUCAACUGAUACCACCACAGCUCCUUUACCAACAGCACCUCCAGUCCAGCCCAGCCUAGAGGAAUUCAGAGUCUAUGAUGUCACCAGUGAUUCUAUCCGUCUCUCCUGGAUCAUCUCCACAGGAAGGUUUGACUCCUUCCAGAUCCAGUACAAGGACACAGAGGGCCAACCUCAGACAUUGCCAGUAAAUGGAGACUCCCGUGAGGUCACUGUCCCCAACUUGGCUCCUUCCCACAGAUACAAGUUCAAUCUCUACGGUGUCUCUGGCCACAAGCGCCUUGGCCCUGUUUCUGUGGAUGCCACGACAGCCCCUUCACCAACAACACCACCUCCCCAACCCAGCCUAGGGGAGCUCUCGGUCUCUGAUGUCACCAGCGAUUCUGCCCGUCUCUCCUGGACCGUCCCCACUGGAAGUUUUGACUCCUUCAUGAUACAGUACAAGGAUGCUGAUGGCAAACCGCAGGCCUUGCCCGUGGAGGGGGUCUCUCGUGAGGUCACCAUCUCCAGUCUGGCUCCUUCCCGUAGAUACAAGUUCAAUCUCUAUGGUGUCUCCGGUCAGAAACGGCUGGGUCCCGUUUCUGCUGACGCCAUCACAGCAUCACCACCUCAAGAUCCACCAGUUCCCCCCAGCCUAGGCGGGGUGUCUGCUUCUGACAUCACCAGCAACUCCCUACGUCUCUCAUGGACUGUCCUCAAUGGUGUCUUUGACUCCUUCGUCAUCCAGUAUAAAGAUGCGGAGGGCAAACUUCAAGCCCUCCCAGUGGAGGGAGCCGUCCGUGAUGUCACUGUCCCGAAUCUCAUGCCUUCCCGCAGAUACAAGUUCAACCUUUACGGACUGACUGGCCGCAAGCGUCUUGGUCCCGUUUCUACUGAUGCUGUCACAGCUCCACUGGAGGAAAAUUCAGCUCCGCCCACCUUGGGGGAUCUUUUUGUUUCUGAUGUCACCAGCAACUCCGCCCACCUCUCCUGGACUGUCCCCACAGGGAACUUUAACUCCUUCUUGGUCCAGUUCAAGGAUGCUGAUGGCAAACCUCAGUCACUGCCCUUGGAUGGAAGUGCCCGCCAGACCACCAUCUCAGGCUUGUCUCCUUCCCGCCGAUACAAAUUCAACCUCUUUGGGGUGUCUGGGCGCAAACGCCUUGGGCCCAUCUCUGUUGAUACAGUCACAGCCUCGUCGGAGAGGGAAGAUGCAGUAAAGCCCAGUCUAGGAGAACUCGCAGUCUCUGAUGUCACCAGCAAUUCUGCCCUUCUUUCCUGGACGGUGUCCGCCGGGAGCUUUGAUUCUUUUCUGAUCCAGUACAAGGAUGCAGAGGGCCAACCCCAGGCGCUUCCCGUGGCAGGAGGCUCCCACGAGGUCACUGUCUCCAACUUGGCUCCUUCCCACAGAUACAAGUUCAACCUCUAUGGCGUCUCAGGCCGCAAGCGCUUUGGCCCCAUUUCUGCUGAAGCAACCACAGUUAGUACCCCUGAGGUCACGCCUCGCCUAGAAGAUCUCUCCAUCUCCGAUGUCACCAGUGAUUCUGUCAGCCUCUCCUGGGCUGUCCCUGCAGGGGAAUUUGACUCAAUCUUAGUCCAGUACAAAGAUGCAAAGGGCAAGGUUCAGAUGCUGCCCUUAAACGGCAAUUCCCGUAACGUUACAGUCCCUAACCUGGCUUCUUCUCGCAAAUACAAGUUCAACCUUUAUGGCAUUUAUGGCCGUAAGCGUCUUGGUCCCAUCACCAUCGAUGCUGUCACAGACCCACGCCCCCAAUCGGAGGAACCUGUUCAACUCGGGCUCGGAGAAUUGUUGGCUGGUGACAUCACUUCUGAAUCAGUCCUCCUCUCCUGGACUGUCAAGAAUGGAAAUUUUGAUUCCUUUAUCAUCCAGUACUACGACGCAGAAGGCAAGGCGCACGCUUUGCCAGUGGAUGGGGGAUUGCACUCGCUGCGGCUCCACGACAUGACACCCUCCCACAGAUACAGGUUCAACCUCUAUGGAGUCUCUGGCCGCAAGCGCCUGGGUCCGAUCUCCACAGAGGCAGUAACAGCGUCUGCAGCCUCUAACCAGGUAGUCCCUCCACGGCCCAGUCUUGGUGAGAUCAAAGCCUCCAAUGUCACCGGCACGUCUGUCCACCUGUCCUGGAGUGUUGUGUCGGGGAAUUUUGACUUCUUCACUAUCCAGUACCGAGAUGCAGAGGGCAAAGCCCAGUCGUUGCGUGUGGAUGGACGCUCCCGCGAAGCCGUCAUCUCCAAUUUGGCACCUUCUCGCAGAUACAAAUUCAAUCUUUACGGCCUUGUUGGACGGAAGCGCCUCGGCCCCAUUUCCACCGAAGCUAUCACAGCUCGGAUGGUGGAGCCGGAAAAGCAUCCCAGACUGGGGGAACUGUCCAUCUCCGAGGUGACCAAGGAUUCCGUCCGCCUCUCAUGGACCAUUGCUGUUGGGAAGUUUGACUCUUUCCUCAUCCAAUACAAGGAUGCCGAGGACAUGCCCCAAACGUUGCCUGUAGACGCUGACUCCCGCUCAUUUGUCGUGCCUGGCCUUCAGCCUUCCCAGAAAUACAAGUUCAAUCUCUACGGUUUUUCAGGUGGGAAGCAGAUUGGACCCGUUUCUACUGAUGCUGUCACAGCCUUCCCAGAAGCCAUCAGUAAGCCGGUCACUUUGCUCAAGAACCUGGUUGUCUCCGAUGUGACCCCCACCACCCUGCAGCUCACAUGGGAAGCCCCCGAAGGACAGUGCGAUUCCUUCCAGAUCCGAUACAAAUAUUCCCUCGUGGGAAGCGGGAAGAACCCCCCGCCAGCCAAGGAAGCCGAAGUGCCCGGGACUGAGCGCUCAGCUGUGCUGAGGGGUCUGACCCCUAACAAAGAAUACAGUGUCACGCUGUACGGUAUCAAGAAUGGAUUGGAAGUGGCCAACAUCAACACUGUGGCGCGGACAAGUGGGCUAGAACUGGACAGUCCUCAGGACCUGCGGUUUAGUGACAUCCGCGAGACCUCCGUCGUGACCAGCUGGAGGGGACCAUCCUCCCGUGUGGACCGCUACAAAAUUUCUUUUCAGCCCUCAGAUGGGGGGGAGCCCAGAAGCAUCUCUGUGGAUGGAUCUGUGCUAAAGACAAUCAUCAAAGGCCUGACCCCCGGAACGAGCUAUGAGGUCAGCGUGAUGUCAAUCCGGGGCUUUGAAGAGAGCGAGCCCUUGGUGGGCUAUGUCACCACAGUUCCAGAUGGUCCUGCCAACCUGCGAGCUGUCAACGUGACCGAUUCCUCUGCCGUGCUGAUUUGGCAGCCUGCCGUGGCCGAGAUGAACAGCUACAUUGUCACCUACGGACCUGCGGGUGGCUCUAGGGUGUCCGAAUCCGUACCAGGGAACCGGGCUGAGCUGCGGCUGUCAGGGCUACAACUGGACACAGAAUAUCGGGCCAGUGUCUACGGGGAGAAGGAAGGAAACCGUAGCUCCCCAGUCAGUGCUACCUUCACCACUGGAGCUGAUGGACCACGAAAUCUCCAGGCUAGCGAAAUCUCAGCCCGCAGUGCCCGUCUGACCUGGUUACCACCCCGUGCCCCUCCUGGCGGUUAUCUAUUGAGCUAUGAAACCCCAUAUGGACAAACAAAGGAGAUCACCGUGGAUGCUUCUGUCACCUCCUACGAACUCCAGGAUUUGUUUCCUUCUAGUCGGUACCAGGUUCAAGUCCAGGCACUGAGGAGAGGCAUGCCGACAGCCCCCACCUCGACCUCUUUCACCACUGGGCACCUGACAUAUCCUUUCCCUCGGGAUUGCGGUGAGGAGAGUUGGAAUGGACCAGGGCGAUCUCGAGAAACAACCAUUUAUCUGGGGGGCAACCGUGACCGGGCUAUACAGGCAUACUGCGACAUGGAGACCGAUGGUGGAGGUUGGCUGGUCUUCCAGCGUCGGAUGAACGGCAAGACAGAUUUUUGGCGUGACUGGCAGGAUUAUGCCACUGGCUUUGGCAACCGCUCCGAUGAAUUUUGGCUAGGGAAUGACGCUCUGCAUGAGAUGACCACAUCAAGGGACUACGAACUGCGUGUGGACCUCCGUGCUGGGAAUGAGUCCGUCUACGCCCUCUACGACGGUUUCCGCGUGGACUCCCCGACCGACUAUUACCGCCUGCACCUGGGCAGCUACAGUGGCACAGCCGGUGACGCUUUCACCUACCACUCGGGUAGCGUCUUCUCCACCCGCGACCGGGACCCCAACCGGGUCAUUAUUCCGUGUGCCGUGUCGUACCGUGGGGCGUGGUGGUACCACAACUGCCAUUAUGCCAACCUCAACGGGCUCUACGCAAACAACCGCGACCACCAGGGCAUCAACUGGUUUAACUGGAAAGGGUUCGAGUUCUCCAUCCCCUUUACCGAGAUGAAGCUCCGGCCCCGCGGCUUCCAACCCUUGCGGCGGGUGUAAGCACAGAAGCAAGGUUGCCAGAAAUGACUGACCAUGGGGUGGGGGCAACACGGAGGUGGAAGAGGCAAGUAGGAAGAUCUAGUGGCUACCCCUCCCCGCUGAGAUACCUCACAUCUUGCCUCAAUUCCCCCCCACCCCACCCCGAGAAGACGGAGCACAAGAAAGGAAUGAAAUGCAACCAUUACAAAUGCACCUUGUAUUAAGAUUUCUUUUUCUGCCACUUGCCGGCCAUGAAUAUCAGGGGCACGAAGCAUCUAGAAGGAUUGAGGACGGCUGACUGGGCAGAGUUAAGGGGAUGGAUCUGGAUGUAGUUGUGAGAUAGCUGUACAGCCCUGGUUAGCAACUACUUUUCCUGGCUGGGGUUACUGAAGGAGGAGUAAAUGCAGAUCGGCCAGUACCCACCCCAACGCCCACCCCCAAAACUCAGCUAGCAGCAAGGCCUUGGGCCUCUGGUCCCGUUUCUCCCAUAAUGCACUUCAUGGGCCAGUUAGCAUUCUUCAAAGGGUCGGGGAUGAGCUGACCACCUUCUGUACAGGUUCCUGGUUCUCUGGUUCCAUUUCAUCAUUUGUCUGCCUUCCCAAACCCUCAAACCUCGCCUUCCCAAACCCUCAAACCUCGCUGAACAAAUCAGAUUCCUCUUCCUUUUCCUCUUCCCAGAAGACUAUUCAUAAAGAAAGGCAGCCACAACCGGGAGCUGAGAGCACAUUACCUGAAAAGCACUUUUUUUUGUCCCCUGUUGCCCACACACACACACACACACACACACACACACACUACCCCCUCAAAAAACCAUCCCUUUUACUUUCCUGCACACCAAAACCAGUUGUCCCUAAAGAAGGAAACCAAGAAAAACUAGCACACCUGAAAACAACAGGAAAGGGGAGGAGUAAAUUAAAAACAACACAGGAGGAGGGAGUUGGAAGAAAGUAGUAGAAGACAUUACAUCCAUAAUAUGGAUUAUGAGGCAAAUCAACAGACAAAUGAGUCAAUCUUCGCAGGCCCCCCUUCCUCAAUAUGAGAGCAGACAGAAUUCAGUCAGCUCAGUGUCCAGACAGAACCUCAUGUCAUCCUGACACCACGGGGGGGGGGG